AUGAAUGACGAAGAGGUGUAUUCGGAGAUGAACAAGAUGGUCGCGUUCAUCAGACAGGAGGCCCAGGAGAAGGCGCUCGAAAUCAAGGUCAAGGCUGAUGAAGAGUUCAACAUCGAAAAGGCCAAACUCGUGCGCCAAGAGUCUAUCAAUGUCGAGGCGCAGUUCCAGCGUAAGGUCAAGCAGGCCGAGGUCAAGCAGCGCAUCAUGACCUCUACGCUGAUCAACAAGUCACGACUGCAAGUUCUGCAGGCGCGUCAGGAAAUGCUCGAUACCGUGUUCAGCGACGCCCAGGAGCAGCUGGCCAAGGUUCCCGAGGACGCCGAGAAGUACAAGCAGCUUUUGGCCACCUCUCUCAACGACCGUCGGGUUAAUGUUCGUGGCCGCAAGGCUGAUUUGGAACUAAUCAAGGAGGCUGUGGUGCUGGCUGUGGAGGUCUACAAGAAGAGGGGGAAGGAUAUUGUUGCCACUGUUGUCGAGGACUCGCCAUUGUCCGAUACUGUGCUCGGUGGCGUGCGUGUUUCGGCCUUUAAUGAUCGCAUUAGCGUGGACAAUACGCUUCAGGCGCGCCUGGAUCUGUCGUCGGAUCAUAUGCUGCCCCAGUUGCGCGACAUCAUUUUCGGACAGUCCCCGAACCGCAGGUUCUUCAACUGA